AUGGGAUUUUUCGACCACCUCCAGAAAGGAGGCGCCUUUUCUUUACAACCGAAGAAGCCUCAGAUCCGAAAGGUUGUUCAGACGCGAACCGCCCCUGCCUCGCGAUCCACCUCCCAGACCCCAGGUCCCUCCUCCUCUCGAACCCCUCCUGCUCAGCUCAAAGCGCAACAAUCAGCAAGCAGAUCCGUCUCCAGGGACCGUGACCCUCCCUCUGCGAAAAGGCGAUAUGGCACACCAGCGCAGAGUCGGAAGCGCCAAACUCCGGAGUUACGACUUUCGAGCGAUGACGACGCGAGCGACACGGACUCUUCGUUCGAGGUGCGCAAACGGGCUAGGACAGGCGACAGCGCAGAGCCAGACCCGGCUAGGCGCGUACGAUCUUUAAAGGCUUUUUCCGAAGAUAGCAUUCGGUCCCUUCCCAUGAUACAUGCUGCCGACAUUACGUCGCGCCAGAAGUCCGGCAACUUUAAGCCUGCGUUUGGCGCAGCCAAGCCGCUACCGGAGCUACUCCUGCAGUAUCCCAGUACUUCCUCCCCGGAGAGAUACGACCUUGUGGUCCCUCGAGACCACGACGAUUUCAAGCCCAUUGAUGAUAUCGUUCAAGUCCUCGACAUCGUGUCACAGAAUUAUAUCCCCGACGAAGAGGCAGACGAAUUCAACAAUGAAUCGACUGGAAUAAAACGCAGACUACGACGCGCCCUUGCCCAUUCAUCAGAAGCGGAUUUUCGGAGUGUCGUGACGGAGUACAAUAGUGCGAUUGUGCGGUUAAGACGUGAUGGCAGUAUCGCGAAGAAACUGGAUUCAACGAGCCGCUUAAAUUUACCUCACGUGGAAAGGAUCCUGAAUCAGAUUUACUCGCGCACCGUGUCACCUCGGGUCGAGUCUCUUCGCCAGUACGAGAACGGAACGGACAACGUGUACGGAGAACUUCUUCCGCGCUUCAUCAGCACGAUAUUCAAGGAGACUGGGCUAAAGUCCGGUCAGGUUUUCGUCGACCUGGGCUCAGGUGUCGGUAACGUUGUCCUCCAGGCGGCGCUUGAGAUUGGAUGUGAGAGUUGGGGCUGUGAAAUGAUGAACAAUGCAGCCCACCUGGCGGAGCUGCAGCAGGCCGAGUUUAGGUCUCGAUGUCGGCUAUGGGGCAUCGCGCCCGGGAAGACGCACCUCGUUAAGGGUGAUUUUCUAAAGGAGCAGAGCAUUAUCGACGUUCUGAAACGCGCUGAUGUUAUCUUGAUCAACAAUCAGGCGUUCACCCCCCAAUUGAAUAACGAGCUAAUUAACCACUUCUUGGAUAUGAAGGAGGGGUGUCAAAUCGUAUCCCUUAAAUCCUUUGUGCCCGCGGGACACAAGAUCCAAUCUCGCAAUCUCAAUUCGCCCAUCAAUCUACUGAAGGUCAAGCAGAGGAACUACUGGUCGAACAGUGUGAGCUGGACCGACGUCGGCGGUACCUACUUCAUCGCGACCAAGGACAGCUCCCGUCUGAAGGCUUUUGUAGAUAGCAUGCAAUGA